ACCUAGAAUUAGAUAUUGUUGUUGAAAGCACAGCUGCCACCUUCGAAAUCGAUCUAUUAAGGUGCUGAUAGGCAGUAUAAGUGACCGCAUAGACGUGGAAGUAGUGACGGAAGGCAUCGGUCAUAAUCGGCUUCACCGUUUCCCAGAAUAUUAGUCACAGUAACUGAAGUUCAAAGCAAAACAAAUUAAAUUGCAUAUUAUUGUUGGAAGUCAAUAAUAAUUAAAUAUGUCCGUGGAUGUGGAUGCGGAGAAAGCCAAGCAGGCGCCAGCGUUCGAUGAUGUCGAUUUUAGCAGCGGUUUCGAGACGCAAUACCUGCAGGAAUAUCGCCCUUCGAAGGUGGUGCGCCCGGCACCCCCCGAUCCAAGUUUGGCUUGGUAUCGAGAUACUGCAACGGUGAUGGUGGUUUGCUUUCUCUUCGUGGUGCUCAUGACUGGCUCUGUGGCGCUGAUUCAUUCGAUUUUCUCCGCUGAUCCCACAACCAUAGUGCUGCUAUUGUUGGGAUAUUUUGUGAUGGCGCUCAUCUUCAUUUGGUUCGAAGUGUUCAGCAAGAAUUUGCGUUGAAUAUAAAAUAAGUAAAACUGGGAGAACUUGGGAGAAGUGUUACGUGAAAAAAAUAUGGAGUGCUAAAUUGUGUACAUACCAAAUAUAAGUGUAUAUAUGUAUGUGUAUAUAUUUACUCGUUUAAUAUGGCCUUAUAAUACUAUAUGGAUAUGAUGAAAAAUUAAAGUUUUCAUUACACUGCAAAAAAUUUA